CGCCACCACAGACAGGCACAAAGCACCACACGCACGCACGCACACACGACAGCACGAUCGCCGCGGGGGGUGCCCUUGCAGCGACCGUCUUGUCUUGGCUUUUUGGUCCACGCGCACAACCCCACCCAAGCAAGCCUCGGGGUUGCGCGUGAUCUGCCACCCCUGAGAAUAGCGUAGGCCCGCCCACACUUGUGGGGCGAUUUCACACAAAGUACAUCAAGCAACCCACCACUCACCCAACAUGAGCACCAGUGUCCAGCUGAUGCUCUGUCAGGGCGACGAUGACUCGACAAAGUUCUUCAAGAGCUUGAAAGACCUUCGUGCUCACUGCAAACCCGUGGAUGGUGGUCUUUUCGCGCAUGCUGGGAUUCGCCCAGAGCAAGUGCAGAGUGCCGUCCUCGGUCCGGCCCACGUCGCCCUCCUUCUCAAGUUGCAGCGGACAGGCCUCGAUCCAGAGGCGGCAGUCAACGUGCUGAUGGGUGGGGAUGAUGAGGACGAGGAGGAGGAAGAUGCCGAGGAGCACGAGUUUGCGGAGAGCAUUCUGCGCGAAGAACGCGACCGCGAGGCCAAUGCCAGCCACGGUCAUGGCGACGGCGACGGCGACACCCCAACCUCGGUCGUCAUUCGAUACAACAGCGAUGGCGAGCUCGUCGUCGAGGAGAGAUACGGCCCCUAUGAUGAUAACAACGACAACGACAAUGACAACGACAACGGCAAUGACAACGACAACAACGAAAAUGGCGCUGGGGACGGCGCUGAUCAGCAACCCGGAGGCGCACAGGACAGCGGUGACGCGCCUGCUCAAGGCGGCAGUACCCAGACCCAAACUCCAUCGCAACAGCAACAGCAACAACAACAACAACAACAACAACAACAACAACAACAACAACAACAACAACAACAACAACAACAACAACAACAACAACAACAGCAGCAGCAGCAGCAGCAGCAGCAGCAGCAGCAGCAGCAGCAGCAGGGCGACACUUCAACCACUUCAACUGCGGCAGCCAAUGGCGCCGCUGGUGAAACUCAUCAGCCGCAGCAACAACAACAGCAGCAGCAACAACAACAACAGCAACAACAGUCGGGCACCAACAGCGCUGCUACUUCAACAACAGCAACAACAACAACAACAACAGCAACAAAGCCAGGCGGCACGGGCGCUGGCGCUGAUGCGAAGGAGCGCCAGGUGGCGUGGUGGCGCAUGGAAGACGACCACCCUGGGUUCAAGAGCCUGGCAGCGCUGCCGUCGGAGUUGCUUGCCGUCGACAACAACGGCCAACUGCACGUGUGGAAGUGGUGCGACCCGCCCGCUGGCUGCGGUCCCCACCCGCGCCGCAACGUGCUUGGCCUUGCAAAGGAGUGCAUUGAGCUCAUGUGCUCUAGUGGCGCACGCGCCUCCGUGCUCACGCGGGCGGGCAAGGUGGCCACGCUCUACGACUCGGCGGUCUUGUGCCUUGCAGACCCAACAACGCAGCUCACGUCGCUUGAGCACGCGGCCAGGGCGUUUCCGUCGCUGCAGCGCCGCCAGGUUGCCGUGCUGGACGUGAACGCGAACAUGACGUGGGCGGCCACCGCCGACGGCCGCGUGUACUGGUGGGGGCUGUACCCAACGAGCAUUCGCCACCGCCGCGUGCAGGCCGCACGUAAGCAGCGCAGUGCCACGCGAAACGAAAAGGGCGUGUCUGCCAGCAACGACCCGGACAUGGCCAUCAAGCCGGGCGUGCGCGUCAUCCUGCGCAACGUUCCCUUGUACCGCGCAGGCGCAAAGGGCUUUGUCAUUCGUAACGGGCGGGCGCAGGCUGGGCGCCUGGCAGAGACGGCGUGGGAUUGGGACAACAAGGUGCGGGUGGAGCUUGAGGACGGCGGCAGCGCCAAUUGGGCGGUGUCUGACAUGGUCAUCACAGACCUUGGACCUGGUCACCCUGUUGGACGCGUCGUCAAGGUCGACGGCGGGCAGUGCGCCGUGCUCUUCCCCGAAUCCGCCCUGGAAGCGCCAGCUGCCAUGCCAAAAUCGGAGAAGGAUUUGGAAAACCUUCGGCUCCACAAUGUCAGCGAACUUGUCAUCGUCAAAGAGGAGAAAGCCAAGCCGGGGUAUUCGCCGAUUGUAUCGCUGGACAUUGCCGAGUCACCGCAGGAAAUGCGCACGCCAGCGCCCGUUCUCAGCCUCGCCGUGUCAGACAUGCGCGUGUUCAUGUUCUCUCAGCAUAGACUCACCCAUGACGACGGUGACGUCGCAGCUGGUGACACCACUGACGACGAUGCCGAGGAGAGCGCCUUUGGUGGCGGUGAUGCUGCGGCCAGUCGUGACGCUUCAAGCAGCGUGGAGUCUUACCUGUAUGCGCUCGACCUGUCGCGCGUGAAGCGCCUGAAGGAUCUCCGACACGGUGCCACCCCGUUGUACGGAGGGUUCAUCAACGGCCACGCCCCUGUCCUGCGAGACCGCCCUGCGCUGCUUGCCGGCCGCUGCCACAACGUCGUGCUGGUGCGAGAAAACUCGGGCACGCUGAUCCCGCUCGAGAUCCAGCGGUCGUGCGUCACGCUUGCUCGGCCCAUUAACAUGGGCACCGUCUACUUUGCCACGACAAUGGACCUGGCCACAGCGCGCGGAGAUGGCAGCCAGGGAGCAGCGCACGCUCGCUCACAGGCCGUCACUGGCAGCAGCAGUGGUGGUGGUGCUGCUGCUGUCCCGCCCGUGGGCGUUCUCUUCAUUGUGCAGCAGAGUGCUGCCAUCUCUGCUGUUGUUCAGCAAAACGUGCGCACGCUGCAUGAUGUGCUGACCGCGGACACGGCUGCCGCAGUGCUGCAGCGGUGCGACGCGUACCGCACCAUCCUCCACCUGGCCAUUGACUGUGCGGGGGAGGCAGUUGCUGCGAAGAACGCCAGCAGCGACAGCACUCCUGAGGCGGACCUGCACAGCAUGGCGCAGGAGGCGCUGCUCGAACUCAGGCAUGUGCACCGGCGGUCAGCGCAGCAGAAGCAGGAAGGGGAGCAAGACGAACAGACGGCAGGGAAGAUGGAGCGAGAGGACAAGGAGAAGAAUGGAGACCAAGCCGCCGCAGGUGUGGCUGCGGGGCAUGCUUCAGCAUCCACCAUUGCCGGCAUUGACUUGAAGGCGCCUGUCGCGCCGGUGCGUGUGUGCCUGCACCAUUUGCGGGCCUCCCCUCUGCUGUACGACGCACUGGCGCACAAGGACAUGCUUGGGCGAACGCCGUUCCUGGCGGCCGUGCAACAGGGCCUCUUUGAUGUUGCAGGCGAGAUUCUGGACCUGGCCCUUCAAGUUGCAGCGACCAAGCCAUCUGCUGAGAAGGCGAUGCGGGCGAUGGUGUGCUACCGUGACCCCAUCCACGAUGCCCCGCCCAUCCACCACAUCUGGGCCCCCGUGGUCUGGGACGCCCCAACCACCAAGGCUGCCUCUGCAACGUCAUCGUCACCCGCCACCUCGGCAAAGCAGGUUGCUGCCCACAGCCGCGGCGGGCUCCAUGGUACUGACGCCGUGUUGAGCUACGAAGACAUGUACGAACAGGCGCUGCUUGGUGGGCCAGACGGGCAAGACAGCCACCGCCUGCGGCAGCACGGUGGAGCCGCAGCGGACACCAUGGCCUCGUGGGUGAUCCAGGAUGGCGUGGCGCAGCGGGUGCACCCUUUUCCUGACGCCCCGCCACCCGGCCGCGGUACUGGGGCGCCUGCCUCUGCGUCUGCGUCGCAGAAGGACGAUGCUGGCGACGAUUCUGCCAGUGACGUGCCCAUCGCCGGAAAAUACGCGCCCCGCUUGAACCCAAAGGACGUGCAAGCGCGGUUGGCGCUGACCGCGGCUCUACUGAGCAAGACCGAGGCGGGCGCAAUGGUCAAUGGAUCUGGCGAGACUGCGCUGCUGACGCUUGUUCUGGCCUUGGCUGAGCGGCACCAGACGCUUCGCACAGACGAGGAGCUCAUCAAGAUUGCCAACACCGGCAUCAAGCCCGACGGCAGCAGCAGCCACGGCAGUGCCGACAGCAGUGGCGGUGAUGGUGACACCCCUGCUGCCCGCGCUGCACGCAAUGCGCAGAGGCGAAACCCCUAUGGCCGACAAAGCCGGCUGCGGGACUAUGACAUGUACUACGGUGGUGGACGAAACCGCAGCUUUGGGGCAGCACAUUACAAUCAGCGCCAGCGGAGGCAGCAGCAGCAGCAGCAACAACAAGCCCGGCAGUACAACAUCAACGUGCUUGCAGGCAACCAAGAUUUCCUGAGGCCAGCGGAUGGCACGAGCGAGAGCACGGGUGGCGAGCGACGCGACCGCGGUGCUCAUUCUCGCCACGCCACACGGGCAGCCGUUCGGCGGCGUGGUGGUGCGCGCUCUUCCCGCGGCGCUGCCCACUCUGCCGGUGCCAGCGGCACCGGUAACAGCAGUAGCGGGAACGGUGAUAACGAAGAAGACAACAGGAACUUCCUGGAUGAUGUCAUGCUUCUGCUGGCACAGCACUGGCCAAGCGUUCGCGAAACCUUCCUGGUUGGACAGGCCAAGCCGGGCCAUGGGAAGGAUGCCUUCAGGCCAACGCACAGCGAUGUCAGUGACAGCGACAGUGAGGAAAGCGCGUCCCCAAGCCAUGCUGGUGACAACACGCUGUUGUUGGAUGCGUUUGUCCACACCAUGCUGGUGUCGUACCUGCCGCUGCUGCUGCAGGUGCUGGACACGCUCGAGGAGCGCCACGUGUCCCUCGGCGCGUCCCCAGCAGGCCGUGCCGUUGCCGCUUGCAUUGGCCGGCUCGUUCGCUCGACUGUGCGCGUGGCCAGCGUGUACGCCAGCUCAGGGGACCCCAAAUCGCUGCUUGCAGAUGACGAGGCCGACGACACGUCAGCAAACAACCCCUAUGGAUACGCCUCCACACGCAGGCGCAGCCGUCACGGCAGGGACGGUGGCGAUGGCAGCAACGCUGCCACCGUGCAGGACUUUGACCCACACCACCCGCUACUGCAUACCUGUCGGCGUGUGUUCCACCGCUUCCCUGCGUUUUCCAUGCGGGAGCUCGCUGAGGCUGCGGACGCCGUGCUAGCGCCGGUGCGCGUGGGCCUCUUGUCGCCGCUUUCACCGUUUUCCAGGCCGCCUCCGCUCGCGCUUGCAGACCCAAUCAAGGGCUUGUUUGCAGAGACGCUCAACCCAUUUCACCCACCGCCGAUGGCCCGCAAGAAGCACGGCACACUGCGACCGUACGAAACCACCAAACCGGUGCAGCAGAAGCGAAGACAGCGGAAAAAGCGGCCACAGCAGCAGCAGCAGCGUGUGACACCGCAAGCAGCAUCAAAUGCCAUGGAUGCCGGUGCUGAUGCUGAUGCCACUGACGCCGUCGCCAGUGGUGAAACGAUGGCCGGCGCAACGGGGGAGGACGCCGAGGACACGUCAAGUGCCAUGGAUGCCGCUGCAGACGACACCGAUGCCAAUGGCGGCGGUGAUGAGGCUGACAACGAGAAUGAUGACAACGACAACGAUGUCGAUGAUGAUGAUGAUGAUCGUGAUCACGACGACAAUGAUGAAGAUGACGACGACGAGAAUGAGGACGAUGACGACGGGGAUGGCGACGACACCGGCCGCAAUCAUCAUGGGCAAGGGGGCCACUCCGCCAACGGCGAUGGUGGGGAGGACGAGGACGAGGAUGCCGUGGACGAUGUGGCCGAGGCAGCGUUCGGCGCUGUUUCUGUUGGACAUGGUCAGGAUUCAGGGUCAUCCAGCGAAAGUGAAGGCAGCGAGAACGGCGAUGCCGACAAUGAAACACUGCUGCACGACAACAACGGGCGGGACGUGUCAAUGUGGAUGCCACAGUCCACAGGCAGAGGCGGCCGGUCCCGUACCGCCUCGAGCCGCGCCACGGCAGCAGGGGCCGCCGCCGAGGGCCUGGUGCAAGCAGCUGAACGAGCAUCGCGACACAACCGCUGCCCGGAUGUUAGAGUAGCCGCUAGCUCAUCAGGCUUAUCAGGUAUCGUACCGGACAUUUCGGGGAUCAAUAGGCCUACCCGCACACAGAAGUGGAUUGUCAGAGAUCGGAACAGACCUUAG